AUGUCAAAGGCAGCAGAGAGGACAGCCUCUACAACUUCUGCCGACUCUGUCGCAUCAGCUGCAUCAGGUAGCAAAGAUGGUUCUACAUCGGGCUCAGUCUCAGGAGUACCCAAGAAAUCAAAGAAGUCUAAGAAAAACACAGAGAGCAUGAUCGUAGUAUACAACUCUGUGCUUAACAGUGUUUUUGGGGCGGAGAGAGAAUUGGCUCAGGCUGAGUUGGAUGAGUUGCAAGAGGCUUUCAAAGAGUUUGACUAUGAUCAAGAUGGCUACUUGAACUACAAGGAUGUGGCUGAAUGCAUGAGGACUAUGGGAUACAUGCCCACAGAGAUGGAGCUGCUGGAGAUAGUCCAACAGAUCAAGAUGAGAAUGGGCGGGUUGAUGGAUUUUGAGGACUUUAUUGAGCUGAUGGGACCCAGGAUGAUGGGUGAGACCGCUCACAUGCUGGGACUCAAGGAGCUCCAGUCCGCCUUUUUACAGUUUGACCUUGAUGGAGAUGGAAGGAUCACCCAGGACGAGAUGAAGGAGGCGAUUAAGACGAUGCUUGGGGAGAAGCUGAAGAAAGGAGAGCUGGAGGAGAUCUUAAAGGAGCUGGACAUUAACGCAGAUGGAACCAUCGACUUUGAAGAGUUUGUGAUGAUGCUCUCUAUUCGCUAGCUGCUACAAGAGAAGGAAGGGAUACACUCCUGAAUUAUUCCAUAUAUAAUUAAGAUAACUAUGAGCCUAUAUUGCGAGUUUGUCAAUGUUGGUAUAGACAUCUAUAUAAUGUGUGCCUCACUCUGUAAUAAUUGUAUGAAUUGUAAAAGGAGUUGGAAAUAUGCUGCGCGACUGCAUCAAAUGUGGAGCAUGCUGUUUUGCAGGGUUAUAAUAUGUAAAUAAGUUAUAAUAUGUUU